AUGUUGAGCUGGGCGUCGUUGCCAUCUCAGGUAAGCUCAUCCCAGUCGGAGCACCUGAGGAGCACACAAAGUCUGCAAUGCAGCUCGGGGCCGCCAACGGAGGUGCCGGAUCAUGAGCGCGAUCUGCUGGCCAAGCUGCCGCAAGAGCAGCUGCUGCAGGAAGUGUGCUCGAGCCACGCUUCUGAGGAGCCCUCGCCGCUGCACCUCCUGGAUGUAGAAAGAAAGCUUUUGUCUCCGCGGCAGCUUCCGAGGGCUGCCGUCCUUGUACAUGUCUACAACCUGACCGAGGCCUUUGUGAAGGCCAACUCCCUGCUUUCCGUGGCCACACGGGGGACCGUCGGGGCCUUCCACGUCGGCGUGGAGGUCUUCGGAGGGGAGUGGUCUUACGGACUCUACGGUGUCAGCGUGAGCCCUCCGCGGCAGCAGACCCGACACGUCUACAAGUGCAGCGUUCUCUUGGGCGAGACGGAGCUGAACGAGGUGCAGUUCGCAGCGGUGCUGAGGAAUGCCUUCCAGGAGUUCAUGGGCGAGCACUAUGAUCUGGUAGGGCAUAAUUGCUGCAGCUUCGGCCGACACCUCGUCAAGGAGUUGGGGGUUGGCCAGAUGCCUCAUUGGGUCGACCGCUUGGCGCGUGGCCUCAAGAAAGCCAGGAGUUCUGUGGGCCGAGCCACCGGGAGGGUCUCUGAGCACGUGGGCAUGGUCAUGGCCACCGGGCACAAGGCCGUGACGGGAGCGGCUGCAGCCCUGCGCUUUGGAGGCUGGGACGAUGCCUCCGAAGAGGAGGAGGAGGAUGAGCUGCCGGCGGAGCAAGCCGCAGGCCGCUAG